GGUUCUGUUUGAAAAUUUACGGUACUGUAAAAACUGUCGCUUAGGGCCAGUAACACUGUCAGUCAACACAAUAAGAGGCGAACUUCAAAAAGGUCUGUCUGGUUAUUUAUAUGUCGAAUGUCAAAAUUGCUGUUUUGUGAAUUCUGCAGCCUAUGGAAAAACACAUAGAACAUCCAAGAAUCAAGGAAUGCCAUGCUUUGUUGUGAACACCAAGCUUGGAACAGCCAUGAUUGAUAGUCUAGGUGGACCAAGGCGUGUUAACAACAUGUUGGCAACAUUGAAUCUGAAAACAGUCUCUGAGACUAAUUUGAAAAAGAUGGAAAAGAGGGCAGGUGUUGUUUUAGAGAAAGUUUCAACAGAGUCGGCCAACGCUGCAGCUGAUGAGGCAUAUAGGCUUGAAAUGGAGUCUGUCGCUGAGAAGGAGUCACUUGAAGUACAGGCCAGCAUGAGUGGUUUGGUGGAAGAAUUGGGUGUCUGUCCAAUGCCAGAUACAUCACCUGCACUGAUGAUGUCGUUUCAUGAUAACAUGAAUGCAAAUGAAGAUAAUACUGAUGAUGAAAGUAGACCAAGUGAGGAUGAUGACUUGAACUGUACAGGAAAUGAUGUCAGUCUGUCUGUUGAGACACCAUUAUCAUGUAAUGCUUUCAGCACACCUACAGAUACCAGAAAGCCACUGCCAGUCCAAGUUCUGACUCCUCAAUCUGAUAGCAAAACACAUCAACAAAUAAAGAAAGCAAAAGUAAGACUACUUCCAAAAUACCCUUGUCAGACAAGAAGUGGAAUGUCUGUUGCUGUUGACACGGCCUGGCACAAGCGAGGAUUUGAUUCUCUUACCUCUCACACUUUCUUCAUGACCACUGGGAAAUCCAGACAGCCAAAGAAAGUUGUUAAAACAAUAGUUAGCCAUCGGACCUCUGGUGUUUGUAAUUGGUGGAGACGCAAAAGGCCGGGCCAGAAAGUACGUCCUCAUGCAUGUGUCAGAAAUCAUAGGGGCAGUGCAAGAGCUAUGGAAGCAACAAGUGGUGUGAAAGGGGUUAAGGAACUUUUAGCUGAAGGUAUUCCAGUGGAAUACUUGGAAGGUGACGGUGACAACACCCUUAUUUCUCGAUUAAAAACUGAUAUCGGUGUUUCAAUGAAGAAACGUUUUGACAAGAAUCGGGUUUUUUAG